ACUUACCCCAGAACAAAACAUCCUUAUCGUAAAUAAUGUCCACAAAUACAUCGUUGACACUAAAAGAUUCACUUAACAUUCUUUACUUCUUGUGCAACUCUAUCUAUUGUUAUAUGUAGAGAAGAAAAGUUUUUUGUAUAUUACAACCCUCGUUAAAUAAAUUAAUUAAACUAUAUUCAAUUUUGUGUGCUGAUCACGUUUAUUCUGAAUGCAAACAAUAUUACCCUGGCAAAAACUUCAUUUUGGAUCGAAGUUUUUCAUAAUUUUAGCCUUCUGGCUAAUUUUGUAGCACAUUUUCUAACAGCGAUUAAACAUACUAUUAAUAAACUAAACUUAUAUAUCAAUGUUUAUCUUUAUUAGUUACUUCAAUUCGAUUAACUGAACUGUCAUAGAAAACUAUAUCAUACAAAAAUAGUUCAUUGAAAAUAUUUUUGACUCUUAGUUCAUAGUUUUCCGAUAUCGAAUACAAAUCGUCUACCUCAUGAUAUUGGCAAUAAAUAUAUAUUCGAAUCAUUUGUUGGUGCUACAGGUCGACAGUGUUGGUUGGACGCUUGGAAAAAAGAUCUUUUCCUAGAAGAUAACGACGCUAAUAAACGACGCUAUUUUCUACCUGACUUGUGGUCAACGGAGAAUAUUGAUGUUUUAAGAAAUAAGUAUAAUGAUAUGUCGAAAGACGUUGGAGCAUUACACAAUCUAAUUACAACAGGACCUAAUCUGGCAAGUCUCAGCCGGUUGAACCUUGAAUCCAGUUUGUUCACUUUAUACAAAAUCGAUGAUCCGAAUAAUAUAUCACAGUCUUUGAUUUCAGCACAGGAACAAGCCAAAAGACGCGAAUCGAUUACUACUUCAGAAAAAUUUAAAGAGCUUUUGAAAAAUUAUGUGCCUUUCGCUAAUUUAAAUCGUCAAUCAGCAGCAGGCGGCGUGAUAACGUGGGGAUUAAAAAUCGAUCCAUCUGCAUUGAACAACAUCGAUAAUGAAACAUUACACCUCCUUUUACAAUUAACAGAACGACAAGCACUAUUUUUUCGUUGCUUUAUAGUACCCGCUGUAUGCUAA